GGACUGAGAAACUGUCAUCCCAUUCAAUCCGAUUGGGGUGCCCCCGGCUCUGACAUGUGUUUUGGGAGAAGUAAAAGUAACACGAAACUCAGAAUUAUAGGUGUAUUCAAUACUUCCAAAUGCAAGGGGAAUUGAUCCAUGGUCGAUUCCGUAUAAAUAGGAAUUGCUAGUUAUACCUCGUGAAAAAACACUUUUUUGUGGAAUCAGCUAUUCCAUUUCUUUAUAGAGAGAUUCCGUUUAAGCAAGCAAAUAUAGUAUGGUUACAGAAGUCUAUCUAUCGCAUAUAUGCUUCAAGGGGCAUCAUGGGAUAACCAUCGAGGUGAGUAGGGACCUAAAGGAUCGAAUAGAACGAUAUAUAGACAAGUAAAUCCCUUACGAGUCCCAAAGUAUUCUUUUAAGGGGAUUCAUCAUUUGACGGGAAGUAGACUACUCAAAAAUCCUACAUUUUUAUUUUGUCAUAAGUAAUUCGGAAAAUGAAAGUAAAAAAAGAAGAAUGAAUCGUUGGUCCUUAGUGGGAACUUGAGUAAGGAGUAGUUCUUUGUUUGUAGGGUUUUUCGAACAAACUUUUUAAAUAAGAAAGAAUCCCCUUUUUGAGGUAACUACUUGAGCCGGAUGAAAGGAAACCUUCACGUCCGAUUUUAAAAGGGGGAAUCCAAUCCUACAGGAACCUAUCUCGAUUUUUCUUUUGCUAGGCCCAUAGCGAAAAAACCUACUUUCUUACGAUUACGAGGUUUAUUCGAAUAUGAAAUCCAAUCUCGGAAAUACAGCAUACCACUUUUUUUUACUACCCAAGGCUUCGAGACAUUUCGAAAUCGAGAAAUCUCUACAGGAGCAGGUGCUAUCAGAGAACAAUUAGCCGAUUCAGAUUUGCGAAUUAUUACGGGUAAUUCAUUAGUAGAAUGGAAGGAAUUAGGGGAGGAGGGGUCCACUGGAAAUGAAUGGGAAGAUAGAAAAAUUAGAAGAAGAAAGGAUUUUUUGGUUAGACGCAUGGAAUUAGCUAAACAUUUUAUUCGAACAAAUGUAGAACCAGAAUGGAUGGUUUUGUGCUUAUUACCAGUUCUUCCUCCCGAGUUGAGACCAAUCAUUCAGAUAGAUGGGGGUAAACUAAUGAGUUCGGAUAUUAAUGAACUCUAUAGACGAGUUAUCUAUCGGAAUAAUACUCUUACCGAUCUAUUAGCAACAAGUAGAUCUACGCCAGGGGAAUUAGUAAUGUGUCAGGAGAAAUUGGUACAAGAGGCCGUGGAUACACUUCUUGAUAAUGGGAUCCGUGGACAACCAAUGAGGGAUGGUCAUAAUAAAGUUUACAAGUCAUUUUCAGAUGUAAUUGAAGGCAAAGAGGGAAGAUUUCGUGAGACUCUGCUUGGUAAACGUGUCGAUUAUUCGGGACGUUCCGUCAUUGUCGUGGGUCCUUCGCUUUCAUUACAUCAGUGUGGAUUACCUCGAGAAAUAGCAAUAGAGCUUUUCCAAACAUUUGUAAUUCGUGGUCUAAUCAGACAACAUGUUGCUUCUAACAUAGGAAUUGCUAAAAGUAAAAUUCGGGAAAAAGAACCCAUUGUAUGGGAAAUACUUCAAGAAGUUAUGCGGGGGCAUCCUGUAUUAUUGAAUAGAGCACCCACCCUGCACAGAUUAGGCAUACAGGCGUUCCAACCCUUUUUAGUGGAGGGACGCGCUAUUUGUUUACAUCCAUUAGUUUGUAAGGGUUUCAAUGCAGACUUUGAUGGGGAUCAAAUGGCUGUUCAUGUACCUUUAUCUUUGGAAGCUCAAGCGGAGGCUCGUUUACUUAUGUUUUCUCAUAUGAAUCUCUUGUCUCCAGCUAUUGGGGAUCCUAUUUCCGUACCAACUCAAGAUAUGCUUAUCGGACUCUAUUUAUUAACGAUCGGGAAUCGUCGAGGUAUUUGUGCAAAUAGGUAUAAUCCAUAUAGAUAUAGUUGCGGAAACUACCAAAAUAAAAAGGUUGACAAUAAAAAAAAUGACUAUAGGUAUACGGAAAAGAAAGAACCCUAUUUUUCUAGUUCCUAUGAUGCACUUGGAGCUUAUCAACAGAAACGAAUUAGUUUAGAUAGUCCUUUGUGGCUCCGAUGGAGACUAGAUCAACGUGUCAUUGGCUCAAGAGAAGUUCCCAUCGAAGUUCAAUAUGAAUCUUUGGGUACUUAUCAUGAGAUUUAUGGGCACUAUCUAAUAGAAGGAAGUGUAACAAAGGAAAUCCGUUGUAUAUACAUUCGAACUACUCUUGGUCAUAUUUCUUUUUAUCGGGAAAUAGAAGAAGCCAUACAGGGGUUUUGUCGAGCCUACUCAUACGCUAUCUAAACUAAGAAAUCAGAUUAGGCGAUGUUCGUGCCCAUGGGAAUUCGGGUCUCCCCAAUUUCACUGGUAUCAUAAUUUCUGAAUUUCUGCGUGAAUCAAGAUUGAGAUUGAGGAAAGGAAGUUUUCGAAUCACUAACUCAGGUCCAUUGUCGAAUCCUACUUAGCAGAAUAAAUAUAAGAGGUACUGUACUUAUGGCAGAACGGGCCGAUCUGGUCUUUCACAAUAAAGUGAUAAAUGGAACUGUUAUGAAACGACUUAUUAGCAGGUUAAUAGAUCAUUUCGGAAUGGCAUAUACAUCACAUAUCUUGGAUCAAGUAAAGACUUUGGGUUUCCAACAAGCCACUGCUACAUCUAUUUCAUUAGGAAUUGAUGAUCUUUUAACAAUCCCUUCUAAGGGAUGGUUAGUCCAAGACGCUGAACAACAAAGUUUUAUUUUGGAUAAACACCAUCAUUAUGGGAAUGUACACGCGGUAGAAAAAUUACGUCAAUCCAUUGAGAUAUGGUAUGCUACAAGUGAAUAUUUGAGACAAGAAAUGAAUCCUAAUUUUCGGAUGACUGAUCCUUCUAAUCCAGUAUAUCUAAUGUCCUUUUCGGGAGCUAGGGGAAAUGCAUCUCAGAUACACCAAUUAGUAGGUAUGAGAGGAUUAAUGUCGGAUCCCCAAGGACAAAUGAUUGAUUUACCCAUUCAAAGCAAUUUACGUGAAGGACUUUCUUUGACAGAAUAUAUAAUUUCCUGUUAUGGAGCCCGCAAAGGAGUUGUAGAUACUGCUGUACGAACAUCAGAUGCUGGAUACCUCACACGUAGACUUGUUGAAGUAGUUCAACAUAUUAUUGUACGUAGAACAGAUUGUGGCACUAUCCGAGGUAUUUCCGUGAGUCCUCGAAAUGGGAUGACGGAAAAAAUUUUUGUCCAAACACUAAUUGGUCGUGUAUUAGCGGACGAUAUAUAUAUCGGUCUACGAUGCCUUGCCACUCGAAAUCAAGAUAUUGGGAUUGGACUUGUCAAUCGAUUCAUAACCUUUCGAGCACAACCAAUAUAUAUUCGAACCCCCUUUACUUGCAGGAGUACAUCUUGGAUCUGCCAAUUAUGUUAUGGUCGGAGUCCUACUCAUGGCGACCUGGUCGAAUUGGGAGAAGCUGUAGGUAUUAUUGCGGGUCAAUCAAUUGGGGAACCAGGAACUCAACUAACAUUAAGAACUUUUCAUACCGGUGGAGUAUUCACAGGCGGUACUGCCGAGCAUGUACGAGCUCCUUCUAAUGGAAAAAUAAAAUUCAAUGAGGAUUUGGUUCAUCCCACACGUACCCGUCAUGGGCAUCCUGCUUUUCUAUGUUCUAUAGACUUGUAUGUAACUAUUGAGAGUCGGGAUAUUCUACAUAAUGUAAAUAUUCCACCAAAAAGUUUUAUUUUAGUUCAAAAUAAUCAAUAUGUAGAAUCAGAACAAGUGAUUGCUGAGAUUCGUGCUGGAACGUCCACUUUUCAUUUUAAAGAGAAGGUACGAAAACAUAUUUAUUCUGAAUCAGAGGGAGAAAUGCACUGGAGUACCGAUGUCCACCAUGCACCUGAAUAUACAUAUGGUAAUGUUCAUCUAUUAUCAAAAACGAGUCAUUUAUGGAUAUUAGCGGGAGGUCCGUGCAGAUCCAGUAUAGUGUCUUUUUCGCUCCACAAGGAUCAAGAUCAAAUGAAUGUUUAUUCUUUUUCUGUCGAAGAAAGAUAUAUCUCUGACCUAUCAAUGACUAAUGGUCGAAUAAGACAUAAAUUGUUGGAUACUUCUGGUAAAAAAGAUAAGAAAAUUAUUGACUAUUCAAUAAGACCUGAUCAAACGAUGUCUAAUGGUCAUUUGAAUUUCAUAUAUCCUUCUAUUAUCCAAGGGAAUUCUUAUUUCUUGGCGAAAAAGCGAAGAAAUAGAUUCAUCAUCCCAUUACAAUACAAUCAAGAACGAGAGAAAGAACUAAUACCCUGUUUUGGUAUUUCGAUCGAAAUACCAAAACAGGGUAUUUUACGUAGAAAUAGUAUUCUUGCUUAUUUUGAUGAUCCACGAUACAGAAGAAGCAAUUCAGGAAUUACUAAAUAUGGAACCGUAGAGGUCAAUUCAAUCAUAAAAAAAGAGGAUUUGAUUGAGUAUCGAGGACCAAAAGAAUUUAGUCCGAAAUACCAAACGAAAGUAGAUCGGUUUUUUUUCAUUCUCGAAGAAGUGCAUAUCUUACCCGGAUCUUCGUUGAUAAUGGUCCGGAACAAUAGUAUCAUUGGAGUAGAUACACAACUCGCUUUAAAUACAAGAAGUCGAGUAGGCGGAUUAGUCCGAGUGGAGAGAAAAAAAAAAAAUAUUGAACUAAAAAUAUUUUCCGGAGAUAUUUAUUUUCCUGGAGAGGCAGAUAAGAUAUCCAGGCACAGCGGCAUUUUGAUACCACCGGAAACAGAAAAAAAAAUUUCUAAGGAAUCAAAAAAAUGGAAAAAUUGGAUCUAUGUCCAACGGAUCACACCUACCAAGAAAAAGUAUUUUGUUUUGGUUCGACCCGUAGUCACAUAUGAAAUAGCUGAUGGCAUAAAUUUAGCAACACUUUUUCCUCAAGAUCUCCUGCGGGAAAAGGAUAAUGUCCAACUUAGAGUUGUCAAUUAUAUCCUUCAUGGAAAUGGCAAGUCAAUUCGAGGAAUUUCUCACACAAGUAUUCAAUUAGUUCGGACUUGCUUAGUAUUGAAUUGGGAUCAAGAGCAAAAAGGUUCUCCGGAAGAGGUUCACGCUUCCUUUGUUGAGGUAAGAACAAAUGAUCUGAUUCGAGAUUUCAUAAGAAUUGAGUUAGUCAAGUCCACUAUUUCGUAUACCGGAAAAAGAUAUGAUAGGGCAAGUUCCGGAUUGAUUUCCGAUAAUGGAUUAGAUCGCACAAAUAUCAAUCCUUUUUUUUACAAGGCCAGGAUUCAAUCACUUACCCAACAUCAAGGUACUAUUGGUACAUUGUUAAAUCGAAAUAAGGAAUGCCAAUCUUUGAUAAUUUUGUCAUCAUCCAAUUGUUUUCGAAUUGGCCCAUUCAAUGGUUCAAAAUAUAACAAUAUGACAAAAGAAUCGGAUCCCAUAAUCCCAAUUAAGGAUUUGCUGGGUCCCUUAGGCACUAUUGUACCUAAAAUAGCAAAUUUCUAUUCAUCUUACCAUUUAAUAACUUAUAAUCAGAUCUUGUUAAAGAAAUAUUUGCUACUUGACAAUUUUCAACAGACUUUCCAAGUACUUCAAGUACUUAAAUACUGUUUAAUAGAUGAAAAUAGGAGGAUUUAUAACCCCGAUCCAUGCAGUAACAUCAUUUUGAAUCCAUUCCAUUUGAAUUGGCACUUUCUCCAUCACGAUUAUUGGGAAGAGACAUCUAAAAAAAUUCGUCUUGGACAAUUUUUUUGUGAAAAUGUAUGUCUAUUCAAAUACGAACCACACGUAGAAAAAUCUGGUCAGAUCAUAAUUGUUCAUGUUGACUCCUUAGUUAUAAGAUCGGCUAAGCCCUAUUUGGCCACUCCAGGAGCUACUGUUCAUGGCCAUUAUGGAGAAAUCUUUUACGAAGGAGAUACAUUAGUUACAUUUAUAUAUGAAAAAUCGAGAUCUGGUGACAUAACGCAAGGUCUUCCAAAAGUGGAACAAAUCUUAGAAGUACGUUCUAUUGAUUCAAUAUCGAUGAACCUCGAAAGGAGAGUUGAAGGUUGGAACGAAGGUAUACCAAAAAUUCUUGGAAUCCCCUGGGGAUUCUUGAUUCAAGCGGAGCUAACCAUAGUUCAAAGUCGUAUCUCUUUGGUUAAUAAAAUCCAAAAGGUUUAUCGAUCCCAGGGGGUACAGAUCCAUAAUAGACAUAUAGAGAUUAUUGUACGUCAAGUAACAUCAAAAGUGUUGGUUUCAGAAGAUGGAAUGUCUAAUGUUUUUUCACCUGGGGAAUUAAUCGGAUUGUUGCGAGCGGAACGAGCGGGGCGCGCUUUGGACGAAGCGAUCUCUUAUCGGGCAAUCCUAUUGGGAAUAACGAGGGCAUCUUUGAAUACUCAAAGUUUCAUAUCCGAAGCAAGUUUUCAAGAAACCGCUCGAGUUUUAGCAAAAGCUGCUCUACGAGGUCGUAUUGAUUGGUUGAAAGGCCUGAAAGAGAACGUUGUUCUGGGUGGGAUUAUACCCGUUGGUACCGGAUUCAAAAAAUUAGUGCACCGUUCAAGGCAAGACAAGAACAUUUAUUUGGAAAUCAAAAGAAAGAAUCUAUUCGAUUUGGAAAUGAGAGAUAUUUUGUUACACCAUAGAGAAUUAUUUUGUUCUUACGUCCCAUUUCCAUGAGACAUCAGAACAAUCGUUUACGCGAUUUCAUGAUUCCUAAGAGCAGAUUCUUUUACUUUAACUAUCUUUUCACUUUUAACUAUCUGUCUUUUAACUUAACUAUCUGGUCCGAGUAUUGAUUUGGUAAAAAAAAAAUAAGUAAUUAAAAGACAUUAAUGGUUUGUACCGUGUAUCAACGGUUAAUUCCCGGUAGAAGGUUCCAUCGGAACAAUUAUUUAUUUCAAAGUACCUCGUCUCUUUGUUAAAAAAAUAAAAAAGAAAAAACAAAAAGGAAGUGUGGGGAAAAAUGACAAGAAGAUAUUGGAACAUCAAUUUGGAAGAGAUGAUGGAGGCCGGAGUUCAUUUUGGUCAUGGUACUAAGAAAUGGAAUCCUAGAAUGGCCCCUUACAUCUCUGCAAAGCGUAAAGGUAUUCAUAUUACAAAUCUCACUAGAACGGCUCGUUUUUUAUCAGAAGCCUGUGAUUUAGUUUUUGAUGCAGCAAGUAGGGGAAAAAACUUCUUAAUUGUUGGUACCAAAAAUAAAGCAGCGGAUUCAGUAGCAUCAGCUGCAAUAAGGGCCCGGUGUCAUUAUGUUAAUAAAAAAUGGCUCGGUGGUAUGUUAACGAAUUGGUCUACUACGGAAACGAGACUUCAAAAGUUCAGGGAUUUAAGAGCAGAACAAAAGAUGGGGAAACUCAACCGUCUUCCCAAAAGAGAUGCCGCAAUGUUGAAGAGAAAAUUAUCUGCCUUGCAAACAUAUCUCGGCGGUAUCAAAUAUAUGACGGGAUUGCCUGAUAUUGUGAUCAUCGUUGAUCAGCAAGAAGAAUAUAUGGCUCUUCGAGAAUGUGUAAUUUUAGGGAUUCCGACGAUUUGUUUAAUCGAUACAAAUUGUGACCCCGAUCUCGCAGAUAUUUCGAUCCCAGCCAAUGAUGACGCUAUAGCUUCAAUCCGAUUGGUUCUUAACAAAUUAGUAUCCGCAAUUUGUGAGGGCCGUUGUAGCUAUAUAAGAAAUCGUUGAUUAUGAUUAAGAAUAAUUAGUUAAUUAUUUGGGGAUUUUAUAGAUUUAUUGGAUCGGUUACUAUUCUUGAAUUAAAAAAAAGAAAAAACAAAAUGGAAAUGUGGGCAUAUUGAUAAUAUGUUAUGAUGUUAUGUGAUUUCUUGGUAUCCUAUGUAAUUUCUUGAUAUCCUAAAUAUACGAUUGAUGAAUACAAUUAGUGAUUCAAGUUGGUGAGUUGAGAAAGAGAUGGUUGAAUCAAAAUAAUUUAUUUUUUGAAGUUCAAUUUUUGUUAGAGGACCAUAUGAAUGUUAUACCAUGUUCCAUUAAAACACUCAAGGGGUUAUACGAUAUAUCGGGUGUAGAAGUAGGCCAACAUUUCUAUUGGCAAAUAGGAGGUUUACAAGUCCAUGCCCAAGUACUUAUCACUUCUUGGGUAGUAAUUGCUAUCUUAUUAGGUUCGGUGAUCCUAGCUGUUCGGAAUCCACAAACCAUUCCGACCGGCGGUCAGAAUUUCUUCGAAUAUGUCCUUGAAUUUAUUCGAGACUUGAGCAAAACCCAGAUUGGAGAAGAAUAUGGUCCUUGGGUUCCCUUUAUUGGAACUAUGUUCCUAUUUAUUUUUGUUUCUAACUGGUCAGGUGCUCUUUUACCUUGGAAAA